UGCAAGGCCGUUUCGGACACGGCUUAAUAAUGCGUACAAAUUUGAGGCUUUGACGAUCUACACGCGAUGAUGCUUUUGCCUUAGCAGCGGACGAGCCUAAGGAUUUCAUCAGAAAAGAUGGCGACCGAACCCAUGCUGAAUCCACAUCUGGCGAAGCAAGAUUUAUCUAAUCUCGAUGUAUCAAAAUUGAACCCUUUGUCACCAGAGGUGAUAAGUCGGCAGGCAACGAUAAACAUAGGAACCAUCGGUCAUGUGGCCCACGGUAAGUCUACCGUCGUCAAGGCCAUCUCGGGGGUCCAGACUGUUCGCUUUAAGAAUGAGCUGAUCAGGAAUAUCACCAUCAAAUUAGGAUAUGCAAAUGCCAAGAUUUACAAGUGCGACAAUCCUGCCUGUCCACGUCCAGGCUGCUACCGGUCAGCAGGCAGUAACAAGGAAGAUGUCUUUGCCUGCGACAGACAAGGUUGCAGUGGCAAAUUCAGACUUUUAAGGCAUGUCUCCUUCGUGGACUGUCCAGGCCAUGAUAUUCUCAUGGCCACCAUGUUGAACGGCGCUGCUGUGAUGGACGCUGCCUUACUUCUCAUUGCGGGUAACGAGUCCUGCCCCCAGCCCCAGACCUCUGAGCACUUGGCAGCCAUCGAGAUCAUGAAGCUCAAACACAUCCUGAUCCUACAGAACAAGAUUGACCUGGUCAAGGAGACUCAGGCCAGGGAGCAGUACGAUCAAAUCCUCCGAUUCGUCCAAGGGACGGUAGCAGAGGGGGCACCAGUCAUUCCCAUCUCGGCUCAGCUCAAGUACAACAUUGAAGUCAUCUGUGAAUAUAUCACCAAGAAAAUCCCCAUCCCGGUCCGAGAUUUCACGUCAGAGCCAAGACUUAUCGUGAUUCGGUCCUUUGAUGUGAACAAACCAGGAAGUGAGGUCAAAGACUUAAAAGGAGGCGUGGCUGGAGGCAGCAUAUUGAGGGGGGUGCUGCGGGUGGGACAAGAGAUUGAAGUACGUCCCGGGAUCGUAUCCAAAGACAGCGAGGGGAAGCUUCAGUGUAGACCCAUCUUCUCCAAGAUCAUCUCACUCUUUGCCGAGAAGAACGACCUCCAGUUCGCCGUCCCAGGAGGGCUCAUUGGAGUGGGUACCAAGAUUGACCCGACUCUGUGCCGAGCUGAUCGUCUGGUGGGACAGGUGCUUGGAGCUGUGGGUGCCCUGCCAGACAUCUACACCGAGCUGGAAAUCUCCUACUUUCUCCUGCGUCGCCUGCUGGGAGUGCGGACGGAAGGAGACAAGAAAGGCGCCAAGGUGCAAAAGCUGAGCAAAGGGGAGGCACUCAUGGUCAACAUUGGGUCCUUGUCCACCGGUAGCCGCGUCCUAGCGGUCAGGGCCGAUUUGGCCAAGAUCGUGCUGACCAACCCUGUGUGCACGGAGAUCGGUGAGAAGAUUGCUCUCAGCAGACGAGUCGAGAAGCACUGGAGAUUGAUCGGUUGGGGGCAAAUCAGGAAGGGAAUCACCAUCAAGCCCACGGAGUCAUGAGGUGUCGUUAUGUUUGUCCUGUUUUGAGUGUCACUUCACUUUUCUUCUUUUUCAUGUACAGUCACCAUCUUGGUCUUGUACCCUGACUUGUACUAUAGGAAGAGAUUAACACAUUAAUCACAUCAUGACACCUGUUCGUAUAUUUUCUAUUUGGAGACCCCAAUUCGCAAAGGCUCGUUAAAUGCAAAAAGGCCGCUCUGUCUGUUAAAUGAAGGAAUUUUGGUUAAGAUGAAACCCCCCCUUUAGUUUCUAAUUAAUGAGACUUUUGGGACGAAUUUCAUUUAUUCAUGCAAUACCCGUCAUUCUUUGUGCACAUUCUGUGACGCACCACUACCGCUCCAUUCAAUCCUGAACAUCUCCAGCUUUCCCAUUAAAAUAUCUGUCAUCCAAAUGACCAGAUACCCCACAUGCACCCAAAACAUAAAUGGACACCAGCCAUUCAUUUCGAAAUUACAAAACACCAGACACAAAGAUGUGUUAUACUUAGCUUCUAAGAGAAACAACACCUGCAUUUUCUCUUGAACCAGAUGUCAUCCAGGGCUUUUUUAACCACUUGCUGUCGGGUGGUUUGAAAAAUGCAGUGCACGUAAUUGGGACUUUUUCAAGAUUUUCAGUU